CCUCCGACUAGACUCUACAGUAACCCCCCCAGGAAACUACAGCAUCAUGACCGCGUUGAGACGGAUUCAGAAGGAAUUGAAAGACAUCAACAACAAUCCCAUCGAGGGUUUGACGGUCGAACCCCUCGAGGACAACAUAUUUGAGUGGCAGUGCUCCGUUAAGGCUGCAUCAAACAGUCCUUACAAAGGCGGGACAUUCCACUUCAACUUGAACCUACCUGAGAACUUCCCGUUCAAGGCGCCCUCUGUCACGUUCAUCACAAAGAUCUAUCACCCUGGCAUCAACGAAGAGGGUCAGAUCUGUGUGCCAGUUCUUCGUGAUCAAUGGAAGCCCACAGUCAGUCUUUCGUCAGUCCUUACAACGAUCGUGGAUAAGGUGAACAACCCCAGUCCCGAUGACCCGUUCGAGCCCGACAUUGCUGCUCUGAUGAAGAACGAUGAAGCCAAGUUCCUUGCGACCGCGAAGGAGUGGACGAAGAAGUACGCUAUGGCCUGACGACGAUCAUGUCGCUGUAUUGAAUGUUUCGCGUCUAUCAGGCACGCUACUUAGGAACGGACACCCAUCUGUGCAGGCAACCGAGCCUGUGUGUAUGUAUAUUACCCUGUCUCUGAAGAUGACUUGUAUUCGUUCUUGGUGUUCCGCCCUCUAUCGGUAGACCCAGCAGUGUGCUAGGUUCUUUGUUUUGUCUGUUCGGAUCUAGACAGUUAUCGUACUUCAGACCUAACAUCAGGUUCGGCCGCUCUUGAAGGACAGUCAAUGAGUUGAACAAUAUAACAUUUCUCAGCCUGUUUGUGGAGUGCUGAACUUGAUUCUCUACCUACUAAAAACCUGCC